AAGUGCGGCGGAGUUCGUCCGACUCCCCAGCCUGCUUCCCUCCGCCCCCCGCGCCUCCCCUCGGUCUCGGACGCCUCCUCCCGGAAUCCCUGUUUUUUUUGUUUUGUUUUGUUUUGCUUUGCUUUGGAGCUGGCUUCUCUCAGGCGGCGAGCGCGCGCGAAGGAGGCUGGGGGCGCAGCCCGUGCCCCCACCGGCUGGGACCCGCGGGGCGGAGCGAAGCGCGGCCGUGGAGCCCACUCCCCGAACGACGGCUGAGUUGAGCGCACGAACAUUGCCCCAGUGGAAAGCGUCGGAUUCUUGCCCUGCCUUGCAUAGCUGGCUCCCGCAGGUCACUUGACUUUUCUUCUGGGAGUGGGAGGAGGAAGACCAUGGCCGGGAGCCCUCCCUCCCUGGAAGCACAUGGCCAGAGCCCUGAUUGGGCCGCUGCUGGGCCCUGGACACUGCUUUGAAGAGCGGGCGGCUGGACAGCACCCGCAGGUGCAGAGACCCCACCUCAGGAGCCGGGAGACUGAGCUGGGGAAGGAACCUUGGACAUCUUAGUGAGCAGCCGCGAGCUGGGCAGGACCCGCUGCUUCCGGUCCCUCUGGACCCCCUGCCCCCGGCCCAGCCAUGGCCCUGAAAGGCCGGGCGCUCUACGACUUCCACAGUGAGAACAAGGAGGAGAUCAGCAUCCGGCAGGACGAGGACCUGGUCAUCUUCAGCGAGACCUCGCUGGACGGCUGGCUGCAGGGCCAGAACAGCCGCGGCGAGACCGGGCUCUUCCCGGCCUCUUACGUGGAGAUCAUCCGUCCCGGCGCCGCCAACCACGCUCACGCGGACCACUACAGCAGCGCUUCUGCCGGCUCCCUGGGCACCCAGGCGAGCUUGUACGACAGCCCCAGGAGCGGCGGCGUGCCGGGCUUCCUGUCAAACCAGGGCAGCUUCGAGGACGAAGAGGACGAUGACUGGGAUGACUGGGACGACGGCUGCACGGUGGUGGAGGAGCCGCGCGCGGGGGGCCUGGGCACCAACGGGCACCCCCCGCUCAACCUCUCCUACCCGGGCGCCUACCCCAGCCAGCACAUGGCCUUCCGGCCCAAGCCGCCCCUGGAGCGGCAGGACAGCCUGGCCUCAGCGAAGCGGGGCAGCGUGGUGGGCCGCAACCUCAACCGCUUCUCGUGCUUCGUGCGCUCCGGGGUGGAGGCCUUCAUCCUGGGGGACGUGCCCAUGAUGGCCAAGAUCGCCGAGACCUACUCGAUCGAGAUGGGCCCUCGCGGCCCCCAGUGGAAGGCCAACCCCCACCCGUUUGCCUGCUCUGUGGAGGACCCCACCAAACAGACCAAGUUCAAGGGCAUCAAGAGCUACAUCUCCUACAAGCUCACGCCCACGCACGCCAGCUCGCCCGUCUACCGGCGCUACAAGCACUUCGACUGGCUCUACAACCGGCUGCUGCACAAGUUCACCGUCAUCUCGGUGCCGCACCUGCCGGAGAAGCAGGCCACGGGCCGCUUCGAGGAGGACUUCAUCGAGAAGCGGAAGCGGCGGCUCGUGCUCUGGAUGGACCACAUGACCAGCCACCCGGUGCUGUCGCAGUAUGAGGGCUUCCAGCACUUCCUGAGCUGCCUGGACGACAAGCAGUGGAAGAUGGGCAAGCGGCGAGCCGAGAAGGACGAGAUGGUGGGCGCCAGCUUCCUGCUCACCUUCCAGAUCCCCACGGAGCACCAGGACCUGCAGGACGUGGAGGACCGCGUGGACACGUUCAAGGCCUUCAGCAAGAAGAUGGACGACAGCGUGCUGCAGCUUAGCACCGUGGCGUCCGAGCUGGUGCGCAAGCACGUCGGGGGCUUCCGCAAGGAAUUCCAGAAGCUGGGCAGCGCCUUCCAGGCCGUGAGCCACGCCUUCCAGCUGGACCCGCCGUUCAGCUCCGAGGCCCUCAACAGCGCCAUCUCCCACACGGGCCGCACCUACGAGGCCGUGGGGGAGAUGUUCGCCGAGCAGCCCAAGAAUGACCUCUUCCAGAUGCUGGACACGCUGUCCCUCUACCAGGGCCUGCUCUCCAACUUCCCCGACAUCAUCCACUUGCAGAAAGGCGCCUUCGCCAAGGUGAAGGAGAGCCAGCGCAUGAGCGACGAGGGCCGCAUGGCGCAGGACGAGGCGGACGGCAUCCGCCGGCGCUGCCGCGUGGUGGGCUUCGCCCUGCAGGCCGAGAUGAACCACUUCCACCAGCGCCGCGAGCUCGACUUCAAGCACAUGAUGCAGAGCUACCUGCGCCAGCAGAUCCUCUUCUACCAGCGCGUGGCCCAGCAGCUGGAGAAGACGCUGCGCAUGUACGACAGCCUCUGACUCGCGGGGCCGGGGCCGGGCAGGGGCGAGGCUGGAGGCACGGGGCUGACCCCUCCGGGUCGCUGGAGGCCCAGCCUGGCCUCAGCCUGCCCCGGGCGGGGGGACCACCUCCGAGGCGAGGGUCAGAGAGCAAGGCAGUGCCUAUGACGCCGGCCGUGCCGCAGAGGGGUGCCGUUCCAGCGGUGGGCAGAACCGUGGGGAGCACCGAGGGGAGGCCGGCCAGCUGGCCGGAGGAUACGGCUGUCUCCUGUCCCCCUCGCUCUCGCAGUGUGCCCGCUGCACGCGCGGCCGAGGGAGGGGACCCUCCUCGCUCCCCUGUCCCUGGCUUUCCUGCCUGCUGCAGGUUCCUGGAGCAGCGGCUGCAGGCCAAGCCCCUCCCACCGUGGACCCUGCCGUGCCCCGCUCCGGUGCGGGGACACCCCGUGGACCACAGGGGGUCCUGGUGGGCGCCUUCCUGACGGGGACCCUCAUAGGUCCUGGCUAGCUGAGUUGACCAGCAAGAACUCCCCACAUUCCAAGCAGACCCUGGGGUCUGCUCAUCCUGCCCGAUGCACAGAGGGAAGCCCCAGGGGAGUAAGCCGGCACCCCACCCCCACCCCCACCCUGGGGCUCCAGGCCCACCUGCCCUCGGCCAGCUUCACUGUGAUGCGCGCUCCUGCUCCCGGCCAGGUUGUGCUGCCGCCCACCUAUGUUUACAUCCUCCGGGGUCGCUGCCUCCCCCCGCCGCGCCCAGGGUGUGGCCUGGCGGUGUUGGGGGCAGCUGACCUGUGCCACGCGGCCCCCAGGACGUCAUGAACUGCUCCUGGCUGCUGCUGCUCUUCUCGAUAAACCUUUCAUGAUUUGGACCACAGAACCGCGGCCUUUUCUGAGCUAAUCCGGGAGGGUUGAGAGCCCAGGGGAGGGGCUGUGGACCAGACUUAGGGGC